AUGACGGCGGCGGGCCGUGAGCAGGAGCGGGACCGGACGCGCUUCGUCUACGUGACUCGCUUCGGCUCGCACCAAUGCGGCGCCGUCCUUCAGCUGGGCGGCCGCCGGGCUCAGGGUCUGUGUAGGCCCGGGCUCGGGGCCGGCCGCAGCCGGGAGGAGCCGCAGGCGGCUGUGCCGGGGGCAGCGGGCGGCGGGGAGCUGUGCCCCGGCUCCCCGCCCAGGGCCCCCGCGGCCUCCUCUCCGGCGCGGGCGUCGAGCUCGCGGAGCCGGCCUCGGCAGGAGGCACAUGCAGGUGGCGCGAAGGGCCGGGCGGGCGGGGACUCGGGAGGGGGCCCCCGGCCUGUGGAGGGUUUAACCCAGAAGAAUUCAGCUGAAAAGUUUGACUUCCCCAUACCUUUGAAUGAAGCUUCCAAAAUAAUGAAGAAAAAGAAAAAGGUGUCAGUAUGGAAUGGAGUGUACAAAGUCAUUUCUAAAAUGCUUGAAGAAAAUGAAAAAUACAGACUUAGGCUGAAAUUAUGUAGUGAAACAAUAGACCUUCUAUUAAAUAUCAAUGAUCUUGUAAUAUGA